AGAGAGAGAGUCUGGGUUAAUAAGACCUUCUGUUCUUAGCAACAGCACCACGCAGGACGUUUCUCCUACAGGUUUAUAACACACACCGAAGAUUCAUACUUUUAAUCCCUUGCAAUCAUGGACUGUCGAAACGAUGCGUCUGCUCCACCACAGGAUGAAGACAUCAUGGACAUCCCCCUGGACGACCCCGAGGCCAACAAGGCAGCUGCCAAGAUCCAAGCUGGCUUUCGUGGGCACAUGACCAGGAAGAAGAUGAAGGACGACAAACCCAGGGAGGAGGUGAGCAGCAGUGGCACCAGAGGGAGCGCUGAGGAGGCGCUCAGCAGCAACCGGCAGGACUCAGAAGCAACAGGUGCGGAAGUAGUAGGGGAAGAAGACAGGUCAACGCCCGAACAGUGAGGUCCCAGAGUCUGCCGGAGUGCCCAUCCCAUGUACUGCAAUAAGAACAGCUCCUUCGCCCAAGGCAAACAUCCAGUACACAAACUAACAGUAGUUUUAGGUCUGGGGCAUGUCUUUUGCUCUUUCACUUUUUCUUGCUUCCUAUCCAAUCAGGCAGGAUAUUGGUGAUCUAAACUAGCAUUUCCCAGCAUGCAUUAAAAACACACUCUUGCACUCAGUAAGAAGUAACUAGAUUUUAAAUGGGAACUGGUGAACUGCUUAGUACUAAAAAAAUGGCAUCAAUUAGCAAAUCGCUAACUAGUUAUUGCGAUAGUGUUUGUUUUUCCACUUAUUUGGCUUCAAUCAGACUUGCAAUAUAUCUAUGAUUAUGCAUCUACAUGACCGUACACAUCAAUACGUUUUCUAAAGUUAUAGUGUGUUUUC